AAAAUUCAUGAACUGGAGUGUCGCUGUGGAGAGUCAUGUAGAUUCAUCAUUCUUCUGGGGCUAUUUGAUCACACAAAUACCGGGUGGUUUCAUAGCAUCGAGAUUUCCGGCUAAUAAAAUCUUCGGCUUAUCAAUUGUAUGCUCGGCAACAUUGCAUCUGUUGGUGCCUGUGGUGAUGGCCGUGUGUCAUGGUUAUGUAUUGAUAGGUGUGCGUGUAACUCAAGGUCUAUUCGAGGGUGUCACCUAUCCGGCUUGUCAUGGUAUCUGGCGAUUUUGGGCGCCACCCAUGGAGCGUUCACGUCUGGCCACAUUAGCAUUCAGCGGCUCGUAUGCGGGCGUUGUGGUGGGUCUGCCAUUGUCCGGUCUGCUCGCCGACGCGAUUGGCUAUCAGGCGCCUUUCUAUGCUUACGGCGUAUUCGGCAUAACAUGGUACCUCUUUUGGUUGUGGCUCUGCUUUGAGAAUCCCCGCAAACAUCCUGCCAUCAGCAUACCGGAAUUGAAGUAUAUCGAGAAAUCGCUGGGCGAGACCUCUAUGCAGCCCUCAAUGCCGUCGUUGAGCACCACACCGUGGCGUGAGAUGGUGCGCUCCAUGCCCGUCUAUGCAAUUAUUGUGGCGAACUUUUGUCGUUCGUGGAACUUUUAUCUGCUCGUGCUCUUCCAGUCGUCUUUUCUCAAGCAUAAGUUCGGUUUUAAGGUGGAGGAGGCCGGUUUUAUCGGUUCGCUGCCACAUUUGAUUAUGACCACUAUUGUGCCAUUCGGUGGCAUGUUGGCUGAUCAUCUGCGUAAAAAUGGCAUUAUGUCGACCACGAAUGUGCGCAAACUGUUCAAUUGUGGCGGUUUCGGUAUGGAGGGUCUAUUCUUUCUCUUCGUUGCGCACUCCGAUACGGCGACUGGCGCCAUGUUUGCUCUGACUUGUGGUGUUGCCUUCAGUGGGUUCGCUAUUUCGGGUUAUAAUGUAAAUCAUUUGGAUAUUGCUCCACGCUAUGCUAGUAUUUUGAUGGGUCUCUCGAAUGGUAUUGGUACCUUGGCUGGCAUAAUUGUGCCCUACGCGUUGGAUGGCAUGAUCCGUAAACACCCUCACGAUUGUUGGACCACCGUCUUCACACUUGCCGCAUGCGUUCAUUUAAUCGGCUGCACGUUCUUUGGCAUCUUCGCUUCCGGCGAACUACAACCCUGGGCCGAACCACCGCAAGAAGAGAAACAGGUGUGGGCGCCACCAAUGGGCACAAUUGCCGAAGAUCCCAGCCAAGGCGGUUAUACCAAGGAGACAUCCUUUGGCGUCACAACGCAAUACACCGAACAAAGUCAAAUGCAACAACCGAAUGCCAUCAAUUAUGGUGCGACCGGUCACGUGGCCAAUAAUCCCUUCGCCGCCAUGUCGGGUGGCACUAUACCCGAGGAGAGCGUUAUGCCCGAACAAACAGCUGAUGCCAGCGCAUAUGCGGCUUAUGACUACACGCAGCAACAACAACAACAAAUGCCAAGCUAUGAUCCACAAUACCCGCAACAACCACAGCAACCAAAUUAUCAACAACCCUAUCAAACACAGUAGGCUGAGCGAGCGAGCAUGGCAAGUAAAAAUAAAAACUAGUGAAAAAAAAAUGUAGCAAAAUUCCAAAAGAAAAAAAAUAUUCGAAAUUCAAAACUACAAAAUAGUAUUAUCACAAACUGUAACAAUGAAAUCUGGCAAAUAUAAAAAUACAUUAAGGUAUAGCGCAAAUAACCCACAAAUAUCUUCGGAAAUCAAAAAGUAGCUUUCAACUUGUUUUUGUUGUUUAUGCAUACAUACUUGUAUAUAUGUAUGUUUAUAACUAUUACUGUAUUUAGAUCAAAUAACUUACAAAUUACUGGAACCAAAGUACGAAUCAAAGCAAAAAUUAUAUAUAAAAUGCCACACCGCUAUAAUUAUUACAACAACAAGAAGCAUUAUAAUUAAAAUAUAAAUUAUAACAGUGUUUACAAUAAAUAUGCAUACAUAAAAUUUGAGUUCUAUGUUGGUUAAAGAGCAAUGAAAGCAUGAAAUAUUAGAAAAAAAUAUUUAUUUCUUAAGAAACUAUUUAAUUCUUGUAUGUAACGAAUGUACACAACUCAAGUAAAAAUUUUAUUUAAAAAUAAUACAAAAAUCAAAAAUUAAUUUCUAUCACCCGUAGACUGUAAUUUUUAAAUUUUUAUUACAUCUCUAGAUUGUAUUAACCAAAUUUAAAAUUUUCAAAACAAACAUUUUUUUUUUACAAUUUUGUUUGUUUUUUUAUUUAAAGAAAUUUAACAAAUUUACAUGUUUUUUGUUUAGUAAGAAAAAUGUUUUUAUUAAAAAUUUUUAUUAGAAUUUCUUCUUCUUUUAAUUUACCGAACGAACACAACUCAAGUAAAUAUUUUAUUUAAAAAUAAUACAAAAACCAAAAAUGAAUUUUUAAAAUUAUAUGCACCCAUUUAUUUGUAAAUUUGACUGUAAUAUUUAUUACAGCUGUAGCAUGUGUUGACCACAUUUAAGUUUUUCAAGCAAAACAAUUUUAAAAAUUUUACUUGUUUUUCAUUUUGAAAAAAAAAUUAACUUGUUUUUUUAUUUCGAAAGAAAAAUUUUUUUAUUUAAACUUUUUAUUAACAUUUAUUUUUUAAAUUUAUUUUGAUAAAUCGAAAAGUAUAGUUAUACUUCUAAAAAAAUAAAAAUAACCCAGUAUCCAUUAUUUUGUGUUCCAGCACUAUUUUGACACACUGUAUGUAAUAGCAACUGCAAAAUCACCAAAUCUUUUUUCACCACAUCGUUAUUUUUCACUUCUCACAAAUAAGAUAUUAUUUGAAACAAAAUUGAACCGAAUACUCAACAACACAAUGAACUAUAAAUAAAUAAACCUUCUGUAUAUAUACCGUUAUAAUUUUAACUUAUUAAACGAAAUAGAAUCUAUAUUGAUGUUUUCUAUUAUUACCGUUAAUGAUAUUCUCAAUGUAGGCAAAUGCAAAAAAUACGCAAGAAAUGUAUAGAAAUUAUAAAAAAAAACUUAUUU